AUGGCGAGAACACUUAAUGCCCAACGUCAAUUUGUGCGGUCCCUACCCUCCCAUGACAUCUUUUCUCAAAGGACAGAAGGGCACAUCGAUCCCAACUAUCAGCACGAGACAGAGUUGUGGCCGGAAGCGGAUGCACUGAAGAAUGCAGCCAUGGAUGUUGCUAAAGAGUUUGGAGCUAUCAAAUCGGAACUCCGCUUUGCAAAACGUGAAGCUGGUUGGGCAUAUCUGGGGCCGAAGGAACUGGUAGAGCUAACGCGUUUCCUGAAGAGCAUACUGGUCUCAGUAGUGGGGAUGGAAUCCCUCGUUGAAGUCGCAACCCGGCUGGAGAAGCGAGGGCUUCGGGAGUUUUUUAGAAGGCCCCGUAUUUCUCAUCCAUUGACUGAGUCAGAAAAGAAUGCUCUCGAGGUGGAAAGACAGCAAUGGUAUUGGAUAUUUGAACAGACUCGCGGACCCACAGAACAGCUUUUGCACGCGAUGGACGAAGGUCUUGACCAUGCAGUGUACUCCUUUCGCUUGGGGAAGUCACCUACGGCACUUGCGUCUGACCUUGAAGCCAACGGAAAUAACGCGGCGAGACAUCUAGAGGAAAUGAUUGGACACUUCCUUAGGCAGCGACAAGGGCCGUUGAAGACCUGGUUAGCUUGGAAAGGCGUGGAUCAGCCGUUUCAAAGCGACUCGUUGAGGAGCAGCGUGAAGCCCACAGAUCCUCAGCUGCAUGAAGAGCAUCAACUUCAGCUAUACAUUUUGCUCCAGUCGCAUUAUUUGUUCAUUGAAUCCGCGAGAAGCAUAUUAUAUCUGGUCCAAUAUGCCAAUGCCAAAAUAAGCGAUGGCACCAUGAAAAAAAAAAGGUUCAUCAUGCCAGCUUGGAAGCAAAUGAAGAAAUGGUUCUGGGCUUCAUUCUCCAGGGAAGAUGGGGAGCUGGAUUACCAAAAUUACUGCAAAAGAUCUGGUACUGUCAGGGUAUACCUUGAUGACGUCCUGCAGACGGGCAUGGAUGCAGAACACCUUCCACCCGCAAACACGUGGGAGAAGUUUAAUGUCAAACUUCGGACCUUCGCUCACCUAUUUGGCUCUCCGGAGUCCUUUUUUGGUUUCAGAGUGGCCAUAGCCACCAUGACUGUGGCCGUUUUUGCCUUUCUUAGAAACACGCAGCAAUUCUACAUCCAACAACGUCUCAUCUGGGGUUCAAUCAUGGUUGCAAUUAGCAUGACGGAAACAGCUGGUUCGGGUAUAUACGGACAAUUUCAGCGAUUGUUCGGAACGGCAAUUGGAAUGGUGUUAUCAUACGUUGACUGGUAUAUAGUUGACGCACACCCAGCAGGUGUUAUUGUGUUUGUCGGCAUCACUAUAGUCUUGACCCACUAUCUUUAUAUAAAAUUCCCAACGGAUCCGGUAGUGCCAACGAUAACCAUGGCCACCGUCAUGUUGAUCGUGGGCUAUGCGCUUCAGGUUAAGAAGGUUGGCAUAGCAGUCUCUGAAACAAGCGGCCAGAAAUAUCACGCCCUCUACGUGCUUUCGCCCUACCGGUUAGCUACCGUCGUUGUCGGCGUCGGUGUUGCCUUUUUCUUCACGAACUUCCCUCACAUGGUUAGCGUGAGAAUGUGCCUCCGAAAAGAUCUCAGUUCCUUUCUGUACCUCCUAGCAUAUUACUCUACCUCCACAUUCAAAACGGCCUCCUCACGGUUCAAAAAUUUGGCCGGUAACCGCAGGGAGAAGGAGAGCCUAAGGAGGGAUCUUGAGAAAGCUCGUGUUGGUGUGCUUGCGAGAGAUAUCAUUCUCCUCCAAGGCAUGAAGUUUCACACUGUUUUCGCUGCCUGGGAACCUACAUUUGGAGGAAAAUUCCCCCAAGACACAUACGACAGACUGGUUAAAUACGCACAGAAUGUCGCCGCCGACCCGGGAUACUCCGAACUAUGGUCUGGAAACUUCGAACAAUUAGUUAUUGCCCUGGAGUCAACAUCCCACGAAAUAUCAUCGCUACUGAUGGCUCUUUCAAGUGCCAUCCGAAGCAAGACGCCCCUUCCUUUCUGUUCCAAAGCCCCUAAAAUACGUCUCCUCAGCGAGAUUAUAGCCGAUCCCGAGGGUAGACUGCUUAGUACACAACAUGUUUGUGAGCCGCCCUACUCAGCAUUUGCGGCAUUGGAAGUGAUCAUGGCGCUCAUAACGGAUGAUGCUUCUCAACUGCUGUCGGAGACAAAGAACCUUGUUGGGGAGUUAGACAUCCUCAGUGAUAUUGUCAGGAACAAACACUCGCCCUCUAGCGUGCGUUCUAUUAUGGCAGAGGAGACAACCUAG